GAAAGAACUUGGUUUUGGAUUGCCCUGGAGCCCGGAGCGCGAGGGGCAGACACACUCCAAUAAGCCCUCCCUCCGCCCGGGCGGCGCUCGUGGGGGGUCAGGCGGCCGGAGUGGAAACAGCCGCCUGGGGUGCACCCUCCGCUCAUCUUGAUGAAGCGAAAGGCGCCCCGCCAGGACCUCUCCGCCCAGCCCUUCUCACCUGGCGAUGUGCUCUCCUGGACUUCGAUUAGCACCUAGGAGAGUCUGAACUUUGGACCUACCUCUUCUUUUGAUACUUAUUUUUGUACUUUUGCUCUCUGGGAUUGGUUUCUUAAAAAAAAACAAUCUGGAUCCUUUUUAAUGUGUCAAAAUGAGUCGGCUGAUGUUUACACAACUACUGCUUUGUGGAUUUUUAUACGUUCCCGUUGAUGGAUCCCGUCUUCGUCAGGAAGACUUCCCCCCACGGAUUGUGGAGCACCCCUCAGAUGUCAUUGUUUCCAAGGGCGAGCCCACCACCCUGAACUGCAAGGCAGAGGGCCGGCCCACACCCACCAUUGAGUGGUAUAAGGAUGGCGAGCGGGUGGAGACGGACAAGGACGACCCGCGCUCCCACAGGAUGCUGCUGCCCAGCGGGUCCUUGUUCUUCUUGCGCAUUGUGCACGGCCGCAGGAGUAAACCCGAUGAAGGAAGCUACGUCUGCGUUGCAAGAAACUACCUUGGUGAAGCAGUGAGUCGAAAUGCGUCUCUGGAAGUGGCAUUGUUACGAGAUGACUUCCGGCAAAAUCCCACCGACGUUGUGGUGGCAGCUGGAGAGCCUGCCAUCCUGGAGUGCCAGCCCCCGCGAGGACACCCUGAACCCACCAUCUACUGGAAGAAAGACAAAGUUCGAAUUGAUGACAAGGAAGAAAGAAUAAGUAUCCGUGGUGGAAAACUGAUGAUCUCCAAUACCAGGAAAAGUGAUGCAGGGAUGUAUACCUGUGUUGGCACCAAUAUGGUGGGAGAAAGAGACAGUGAUCCAGCAGAGCUGACUGUUUUUGAACGACCCACAUUUCUCAGGAGACCAAUUAACCAAGUGGUGCUGGAAGAAGAAUCAGUUGAAUUUCGUUGUCAGGUCCAGGGAGAUCCUCAACCAACUGUGCGGUGGAAGAAGGAUGAUGCAGACUUACCAAGAGGAAGAUAUGACAUCAAAGAUGAUUACACACUGAGAAUUAAAAAGGCCUUGAGCGUAGAUGAAGGCACUUACAUGUGUAUUGCUGAGAAUCGGGUUGGAAAAGUGGAAGCCUCUGCCACCCUGACUGUUCGAGCUCGCCCUGUUGCUCCUCCACAGUUUGUGGUCAGGCCGAGAGAUCAGAUUGUUGCACAAGGUCGAACAGUGACAUUUCCCUGUGAGACUAAAGGAAAUCCGCAGCCAGCUGUGUUUUGGCAGAAAGAAGGCAGCCAGAACCUGCUUUUCCCAAACCAACCACAGCAGCCCAAUAGUAGAUGUUCUGUGUCACCAACCGGAGACCUCACGAUCACCAACAUUCAACGUUCAGAUGCGGGUUACUACAUUUGCCAGGCCCUAACUGUGGCAGGAAGCAUUUUAGCAAAAGCUCAACUGGAAGUUACUGAUGUUUUAACAGAUAGACCUCCACCCAUAAUUCUACAAGGCCCAGCCAACCAAACACUAGCAGUAGAUGGCACAGCAUUACUGAAAUGUAAAGCAACUGGUGAACCUCUUCCUGUAAUUAGCUGGUUAAAGGAGGGAUUCACUUUUCUGGGUAGAGAUCCAAGAGCAACUAUACAAGAGCAAGGAACAUUGCAAAUUAAAAACUUGCGGAUUUCUGAUACAGGAACUUAUACUUGUGUGGCUACAAGUUCAAGUGGGGAGACCUCCUGGAGUGCUGUGCUGGACGUCACAGAAUCUGGAGCAACAAUCAGUAAAAAUUAUGAUUUAAAUGACCUGCCAGGACCACCAUCCAAACCACAGGUCACUGAUGUUACUAAGAACAGUGUCACCUUGUCCUGGCAACCAGGUACCCCUGGAACCCUCCCAGCAAGUUCAUAUAUCAUUGAGGCAUUCAGCCAAUCAGUGAGCAAUAGCUGGCAGACAGUGGCAAACCAUGUAAAGACCACCCUCUAUACAGUGAAAGGAUUGCGGCCCAAUACAAUCUACUUAUUCAUGGUCAGAGCGAUCAACCCCCAAGGUCUCAGUGACCCAAGCCCUAUGUCAGAUCCUGUGCGCACACAAGAUAUCAGCCCACCAGCACAAGGAGUGGACCACAGACAAGUACAGAAGGAACUAGGAGAUGUCAUUGUUCGUCUUCAUACUCCGGUUGUUUUGACUCCCACGACUGUUCAAGUCACAUGGACAGUGGACCGGCAGCCCCAGUUUAUUCAAGGCUACCGUGUGAUGUAUCGCCAGACCUCAGGCCUGCAGGCCACACCAACAUGGCAGAAUUUAGAUGCUAAAGUCGCAAAUGAGCGAAAUGCUGUCCUGGUCAAUCUGAAAAAGGGGGUUACUUAUGAAAUUAAAGUACGACCUUACUUUAAUGAGUUCCAAGGAAUGGAUAGUGAAUCCAAAACAGUUCGUACUACCGAAGAAGCCCCUAGUGCUCCUCCACAGUCUGUCACUGUGCUGACAGUUGGAAGCCACAACAGCACAAGUAUUAGUGUUUCCUGGGAUCCUCCUCCUCCAGAUCAUCAGAAUGGAAUCAUCCAAGAAUACAAGAUCUGGUGUCUGGGAAAUGAAACACGAUUUCAUAUCAACAAAAGUGUGGAUGCAGCCAUUCGGUCUGUAAUAAUUGGUGGAUUAUUCCCAGGUAUUCAAUACCGGGUAGAGGUUGCAGCAAGUACCAGUGCAGGGGUUGGAGUAAAAAGUGAACCACAACCAAUAAUAAUCGGCGGACGUAAUGAAGUUGUCAUUACUGAAAACAAUAACAGUAUAACUGAGCAAAUCACUGAUGUUGUGAAGCAACCAGCCUUUAUAGCUGGUAUUGGUGGUGCCUGCUGGGUGAUUUUGAUGGGUUUUAGCAUCUGGUUGUAUUGGCGAAGAAAGAAGAGAAAGGGACUCAGUAAUUAUGCUGUUACAUUUCAAAGAGGAGAUGGAGGAUUAAUGAGCAAUGGAAGCCGUCCAGGUCUUCUAAAUGCUGGGGACCCCAAUUAUCCGUGGCUUGCUGACUCAUGGCCAGCCACAAGCUUGCCAGUCAACAAUAGCAAUAGUGGCCCAAAUGAGAUUGGGAAUUUUGGGCGUGGAGAUGUGCUGCCACCGGUUCCAGGCCAAGGGGAUAAAACAGCAACGAUGCUCUCAGAUGGAGCCAUUUAUAGCAGCAUUGACUUCACUACCAAAACUACUUACAACAGCUCUAGCCAAAUAACACAGGCUACCCCAUAUGCCACGACACAGAUCCUGCAUUCCAACAGCAUUCAUGAGUUGGCUGUCGAUCUGCCUGAUCCACAGUGGAAAAGCUCAAUUCAGCAAAAAACAGAUCUGAUGGGAUUUGGUUAUUCUCUGCCUGAUCAGAACAAAGGUAACAAUGCCUUACUUUACAUCCCUGACUACCGAUUGGCUGAGGGAUUGUCUAAUAGAAUGCCACACAACCAGUCACAGGAUUUCAGCACCACCAGCUCUCACAACAGCUCAGAGCGGAGUGGCAGUCUCUCAGGUGGAAAAGGUGGAAAAAAGAAGAAAAAUAAAAACUCAUCUAAACCGCAGAAAAACAAUGGAUCGACUUGGGCCAAUGUUCCUCUACCUCCUCCCCCUGCCCAGCCCCUUCCUGGUUCAGAGCUGGAACACUACGCGGUGGAACAGCAAGAAAAUGGCUAUGACAGUGAUAGUUGGUGCCCGCCAUUACCAGUACAAACAUACUUGCACCAGGGCAUGGAAGAUGAACUGGAAGAAGACGAUGAUCGUGUCCCAACACCUCCUGUCCGAGGGGUGGCUUCGUCUCCUGCUAUUUCCUUUGGACAGCAGUCCACGGCCACGCUCACUCCAUCCCCCCGGGAAGAGAUGCAACCCAUGCUGCAAGCUCACCUGGACGAGCUGACAAGGGCCUAUCAGUUUGACAUAGCAAAGCAAACAUGGCACAUUCAAAGCAAUAAUCAACCUCCACAGCCCCCGGUUCCACCAUUAGGUUACAUGUCCGGAGCCUUGAUUUCUGAUUUGGAAACAGAUGUUCCAGAUGAUGAUGCUGAUGACGAGGAGGAGGCUUUAGAAAUCCCCAGGCCCCUGAGAGUGCUAGAGCAGACGCCCGGAUCCAGUAUGGACAAUCUGGAUAGCUCUGUGACAGGUUCAAUGGUAAAUGGAUGGGGCUCUGCAUCUGAUGAGGAUCGUAACUUUUCUAGUCAUAGAUCUAGCGUAGGUAGCUCCUCAGAUGGCUCCAUCUUUGCCAGCGGCAGUUUUGCACAAGCUCUGGUGGCAGCAGCAGAUAAAGCUGGCUUUAGGCUGGAUGGAACCAGCCUUACAAGAACAGGCAAAGCCUUUACCUCCUCUCAAAGGCCUCGACCAACCAGCCCAUUUUCUACUGACAGUAACACCAGUGCAGCCCUGAGUCAAAGUCAGAGGCCUAGGCCGACUAAAAAACACAAGGGAGGGCGAAUGGACCAACAACCAUCAUUGCCUCAUCGAAGGGAAGGAAUGCCAGAUGAUCUUCCACCACCACCAGACCCCCCUCCAGGUCAGGGUAUAAGGCAACAGAUAGGCCCGAGCCAGCAUGUUGGUAACGUGGAAAACUCAACAGAGAGAAAAGGAAGCUCUCUGGAGAGACAACAAGCAUCCAGCUUAGAAGACACGAAGAGCUCAUUGGAUUGUCCAGCUAGAACGUCCCUAGAGUGGCAGCGACAAACCCAGGAAUGGAUUAACUCCACAGAACGCCAAGAAGACAUACGGAAAGCCCUACACAAACAAGGUGUUGGACCAGAGGAGACCUUGGUGCCCUACAGCAAGCCCAACUUCCCGUCUCCAGGCGGUCACAGCUCAUCAGGAACAGCAUCUUCUAAAGGCUCCACUGGACCUAGGAAAGCUGAGGUGCUGAAGGGGGGCCACCAGCGCAAUGUCAGCGACCUUCUUGACAUAGGCUACAUGGGCUCAAAUAGUCAAGGACAGUCUACAAGUGAAUUAUCGUUGGUGGGGACCAGAGGUGCCUUUGAGCAGCAGGUGGCUGGUGCCGUCCUGGAUCUGAUGGGGGGCGAGGACCAGAACCUGACCAGGGCCCGGCAGCAGCUCAAGUGGGACUGGAAGAAGAAGCGGUUUGUGGGACAGUCAGGACAAGAGGACAAGAAGAAGAUCAAGACAGAAAGUGGUUGCUACAUCAGCAGCUCCUACAAGCGGGACCUCUACCAGAUGUGGAAGCAGAAACAGAAAACUGCCAUAUGCUCAACAUCUGAGCCACAGUGGGCUGCCAGCAGUCGGCUCUAUCUUAAAGCCGCGGUCAGUAAUUAUGGCCCUACGGCCCCAUUUACCAUCACCCUUCUCGAAAGCUUAAGUGACAAAUGGCUCACACCUAAUGACUGGCUAUCCUUAGCUCAAGCCACGCUUUCAGGAGGUGAUUAUGUCCUUUGGCGUACAGACUUUGUUGAAAACUGCCGAGAAACAGCCCAACCCCAAAUCCAAGUCGCCGGUCUUAAGGCUUGGCGCCGUCUCCCCCCUAAGGAUUCUGCCACUACCUCACUAGCCAAAAUUCGCCAAGGGGCUGACGAGCCUUACAGUGAUUUUAUCAGCCGCCUCACAGACGCCGCUGAAAGAUUAGUUGGGGGAGGAUUCAAGCAAGGAUGGAGAUGUGUUGGGAAGCCCAAGGUUAUACCUACAAUUGAGGGCAAACCAGGGCAGUGUCCCAGUAAUUGCCAACACGUGGUAGAACUCCACUCGACCUGCUACAGCAGUGUACCCACACAGGUGGUAAAAUAUAUCUAA